GUUUGCGGUGUGUGUUGUACGCGCUGGGGUAGAGAAGAAGUAUGGCGGAAGAGGAGAGUGAAGUGGAGUUAGACAGGUUUAAGAGGGAGCUGCGGGGUUUGGUGAGCGGCGGUGCGGGCGAGGAACGCGGGCUGCGGAGCGGGAGCUUCUGCACCAGGUUUUGCGAGUUGGUUGAGGACCACACAAGCCGCUGGCAGGUGCCCCUGCCGCAGCUGCAGGUUCUGAGAAGUGCCCUGUGCGCAUUCGUCCAAGGUGCUGCUUCUUUUCCCUCGGAUUGUGAGCAUGUGCGCUACACCCUGAGCAGUCUCGCCCUGAGUGUCUUCGAGCUGCUGCUGUUUUUUGGGAAAGAUGAGUUCCCUGAGGACCCUUUAAAAGACAUUCUGGACUCGUUUCAGGAAUGUCACUCAAGCCUGGUGAGGUACCAAAAUGUGUACCUGCUCCAGGUUAGACAGAUCAUUAAAGAUGGCGGACCCUGGGCAAGCUCGGUCCUUCAUGGUAUCUUAAAGGAAUUGGAGCAGCCACAGGAGGAAGUGGACCGAUACCUGAGCUCUGAGGUUUCUGUGUUCUUCGAGUUGCGAGUGCGAUACCUGCUCGCCUGUGAACGAAAUCAGGAGGCUUUGGCGUUGGCCCAGAGAUGCAGCCAGCACCCGACUGCAGGCAAACACCUUUUCUUCAAGCAGGCCUACCUCUCCUGUCUCCGCAAGACCUCUCAGCAAGAACGCCUGUUCAAGGAGAUGGCAGAGGUUGACGCUAAGGAUGCUGUGGAGAUCCUCUGCAUUGCAGAGAAUGAGGAGAAGGAUGAAUUUGUUCUGGAACUGAGCAGAGGAUUCCUCUCGCAACAACUCAGGAGUGGAGACAUGUACUACCUUUGGGACUUGGUCUUCAUAUGGUGUAAGCUGUAUCUCCGAGUGAAGGCUUCCAAACAGGAUUUCCUAAAAGAGUGCAAAGAUAUGAUCCUGUCAGCUGCAAACAUCAAGGCCAUGUUUCCAUUUAUGAAAGUGAUUUUGGAAGAGGAGUUGGGAAGAGACGGGCUGACCUUUUGCGUGGAGCUUUGUGCCCGAGCACUUCAAACUGACCUCAAGAACGAUCCUGACACCAAAUCUCUCAUCUACAAAACCAUUGCAUACCUCCUUCCAAGCGACUUGGAGAUAUGCAGAGCCUGUGCCCUGCUUGUGUUUUUCUUGGAGCGCACCGUCGAGGCCUACAAGACCGUGUUUCUACUGUACACUCAUCCUGAUCAGGAGUACCACCUUGACAGCAGUCCUAUUGGUAAUCACGUUCGCUUUGAAGUCAUUCGAAUCCUCAAGAAGGGACUGUUCUUUGACCCUGAAUUCUGGAACCUCCUCAACAUCAAAACCAACUGUCUGAAGCUCAUGAGCGACAGCGUGGCGAAGGCUGCCCUCUGUGAAAUAAUGGAGGAGGACAAGUGGGUUCCCAAUUACUGUGCUAGAGGCCUGUGCAGGUGCCACACGGAACCAGAAAGGACUUUUAUCAGAUCGGUGGCAAAGCCUGUCAGCAUGAACAGACAAGAAUCGGAGGAUGGAAGGGUAAGAACUUUUGAUGAUGAAUCUUCUCAAGGUCUUCCGCCUAAGAAGAGAGGCAGAAAACCAGGGUCGCAAAUCACAAAGGAUCUUGAUCCUUUUCCUGUGCGCCGUUCUUUCAGACAGUUGGAUUUGGCACAGAACCAUGCCAGGCAGUUGAACAGCAGACGCCAGAGAUUACUUACUAGGCAGGAAGAUAUUAGGACCUUAAAACGAAGGGGGCGCAAACCUCGCUGGCUGCUGGAGGAGUUGGCUGCCCAGGCAGAAAACAGUGCCCCUAGGGAAGGCAAAAAACCAGGGCGGAAGCCAAAGCAGUUUAAAGACCUUGCGGUCGAAACGCCAGUCAUAGAAAUCACAAUGGAAUUGUCUUAUCCUGAUAAUGAAGUUGAUCUCCCUGCUGAUGUUCAGUGUCGAUCUAUGGCGACGUCUCACACUUAUGAUGAAUCUAAUCUGAAUCCAUGUCGAGAAAGUCCUCCAAAGCUUUGUGUUGAGACUCCAAAUUCUCACUGUCAUGUACUCUUAGAGCCGUCUUCUCUCUCAUGGAGAGAGAGGGCAAUGUCCACAGAAGAGUCUUUCAUCUUUCAAGCACAGGAAAGCGUCGUCUUUGUGAAGAAGUUCCACUCAUAUGCGAAAGUGCCUGAAGAUGAGGAAAUUUCAAGACUCUGUGCCCUGGGUGACAACGCAGAGGCAUCUGGUCCGCCUGUUCUUGAAAAGGAAAGACCUUUGGAAGCCCCCACACCUUCAGAGAAUCCACCAAAGUUAAACACUCUGGCUGAGAAUAAACUUACCUCACUGACCCCUGCUGUAGCACAGGACACCUCUACACCUCUAGGGGGCAUUGUUGAUACAAAUGAGCUGCCUGUUUUAGAGAAAUAUCCUUGCCAGGCAUCCUUAUCACUUACACCUGGUAAGGAUGAUGUGGGCAUCCCAGAUUACGUAGUGCAUAAUGGCACCAGUGGUCCUCCUGGAGAUGAAACCACUAAUACAAUGGCCGACACUAUGCCUACGCUCGAAAGUGCACUAGAAAUAGCAGCUGACAAGUUUCAUUCGUCUGAUAACACACUUAACAAAGCCUCUGACAGUAUUUGCCCAGUAAAAAGUGGGCUGGAAAAUGCAACGAGUAAUGUUUCAUUCCCUGGAAAUACACAUGAAUCACCAGUAAACACUACUCCUUCUAGUUUAAAUGCACCUCAAAUGAAGGCUGACACUAUUCAUACUCCUGAAAAACUAACUUAUGGUAAAGAAAAUGCCUCUUCUGAUUCGAGACAAGUGGGAUUGACCCUUGUUCCUAAAAAUGUGUCUGAAAUUCCAAGCAGCCCCAAGAUACAGGAGAAGAAACCUCAAGAAACAGUAUUGCACAAAGCCUGUGAGGCUAAGCACCUUCAUACUAUGACUCCUUCAGUAACUAGAGUGCGAAACAGUUCAGCCCCAGUGCGAAAACUUCAGCCUAAAGAACUUGUACACAAAUGUAGGCUUUGCAAUAAAGAAUCUGCCAGCUUGGCAAUUCUGACACAUGCAUUUUUGCAUUAUCGCCUUGAAAAACGAUGCAUGUUUUGUUUGGCUGACUCUGGUCUUGGUCGCCCACUUGGCCAUUUCAAAAAGCACAUCAAACAUUUAAGAGAUCCUGUUGCACAUGUUGAGGAAAAGAAGUGUGAAGGUUCUGCUGAACCAUCUGCGAAACCUGAAGUGACAGUCCAAGAAGCAGUGCCAAAGAAGGCAAGACCUGGACUUGCACAGAUCAAGUCUAAACUGUUGAUGAGACUGAAUUUCAGAAGAGAGGCCACCACCCAAAAGGCAGAGAAAAGCACAGAUGACCGAAGUCUGUUGAAGUUGGGUUUGACAAAAAAGCCUGCACCUGUACCAGAGCCUAAGAAGAGGGACAGUGAGGUGGAUAGCGACGAGGAGGACGCUGCUGAGAAGAAGAUAAUCUAUUUGACCAGGGGUUUGGUUAAAAACUCUAGGUCUAAAUCCAAGUUGAAGGCAAGGUUUCUUAGGAAGAGACUAGCUAGAAAAGCAAAGACUGGAACAUCAAUGGCAGAGAGAGAUGUUUCAGUACCUAGGGAUGGCUCUGCCGACAGGCAUAAUGGAGUUAUUUGUAAAAAACAAAAGAUACACAAGAUGAAGCAAGAUCAGGGUGAGAGCAAUCAUGUAAAUGAGAAAAAUGUAUUGGUUUCAACUAAACGGGAAUGCAAAGAGCCAAAGACUGAAAGGGUGCCAUCCGAGGAGAAAGUUGAAAAGAAGGAAGCUAAACAUGAUGAAAAUACCAAGCGGGACAAGACGUUAGUUAGUGCUACUGCAGAGGAAAAGAAGAGCUUGAAUACAUCACAGUCGGAAGCUAAAAGGAAGAUUAAAAAGUUGCAUAAGUCUGGAAUAGAAAAGAAAAAGAGCAAAUUAGCAGACCAGAAAGAGAACAAGGAAAAGACAGAGGAUGCCGACCGGAAGGAGCACGUUGUCCAGAAAAAGGACUCUAACCAGAAAGAGCAUGCUAAACAAAAAGAUAACUCCAACCAGAAAAAGGAUGCUAAAACAAUGAAGAAAAGAAAGUUAAACAUUGUGAAAAGUGAUGAAAAACAGAAUAAAACAAAUCAUACAGAUAAACCCGCUGAAAACCAGAAAAUUGAAGCUGCUGAAGCUGUUGAAGCCAUUGAAGCCGUUGUAAAAGACCUAACAAAAGAGGAAAACAGGACGCAGGUAGAAUCAAUCGAGAUCUACCAAUCAGUGCACACAAACAAGAAACAAGUAAAAGCACCUGCAAUAGUCAAUUGCCCCAGGGAACCUUGCACGUUCCACGGAAGGGCAGGUCCUGUUCUCUCGCACGUUCUCAUCCACCACCCUGGUGACCUGAAAGCACUGGAGUUCUUCUACAACUAUGCCAAGCAAAAGUGUAUUUUCUGCAACAGAAGGAUCUGGACCUCUCAGCACUUUUUCAAUCACGUUGUUUGCCAUCGCGGUAACCUCAAGCACCCGUGCUACGACAUAGAUUGCAAGCAGAGGUUCAAAACAAGACUGGACCUUGCCGACCACAUGAUAAAAGAUCACAAUCCACUGAAGGCAGUUUGCAGCUUCACUGGAUGCACCAUGCAAUUUAACGACCCCAAGACCUUGUACAGUCACGAGAGAGAGCAUUACAAAGGGAUCUGGGAAAUGCCUCUGACCAAAAACGAUGUGCCUCCUGACAAAACUGAAGAUCAGUCAAGCUGUCCACCAGAGGCAAGCCCAAAGACUAGCUCUGAGGGCCUUGAGAUUUGUGCCGCAAAUCCAGAAAUGCAACCGCUCAAAGGUACGGAACAGGACAGGAUCGCCGCACCUGCUAAUGUGGAGGAGGAAAUGCCUUUGACCUUAAAUAAAGGUUCAGUCAGCUAUACCAAGAAUCUCAAGCUUGUCAAUGGUCACAGUGACCAUGAACAAGGAUCUCCGGUUAAACCUCCUGCACAGCCUCAAAAAGAUCAAGAGGCUGAAAACAAGGCGGUAGGCAUCAAGCCCUUCGUCCGCCCUCCUCCCUCAGCUUACCUGGACGAACUGUUUAUCAGCAUGCCCAAACGCUGGAAGGGGCCCCAGGUGAGCUACAGGGGAUCCCUUGAAAAUGUGGAACCCUCCAUCAAGAGGCAGGCCUGUCCCCGGUGCUCUGCGUCCUUCAACAGCGAGGAAGAGCUGCAGGGGCACAGAGAGAAGUGCACGUCCCUCUUUGGCUUUGAUUCAGAUGAUGAAGGUGCCUUUUGAAGAAGCUGCACUUUCCUCUCAGAGUGGUGGUCAAAGCAACAGAGCCCAAUUCUGAAGAAUGUGAGCAUAGGAGACCCUGUCUUGAAAGUACUCUUAUUUGGAGCUUUUAGGUGUUAUAAACAAAACACAACUUAUAUUUUAUGAUCUGAACUCUUCCUUAAACCUUUUUUUUUUUAUUAUUAUUAUUAACCAAGCGUGUGAUCCAUGGACUUGGAUGAAUGAUGAAGUUCUGAAGUAAUAAAUCUGAAGUGAUUUGAUGAUAUGAACUUUAGCAGCUGGACCCAACAUUCAAUACCACAGAUUAACAUCGGAAUUGACUGAAGCGUCUGGUUAUUAAUUUGCUUGCCAUGCAAAUGUUGAUGUAUUUAAAAGAAAAGAAGAAGAAGGAUAUUAUUUCAAGUUUGAAUUUCAGGAGGAUGCUUUAGGUCAUGGUUGUAUGGUAAAAUUUGCUCGUUGAUCUUAAACAGAGGGAUUUAUUGCUCAAGUUUUUUCCUCAUCUGGUCUGCUUUUGCUACGUUUUGUCUAAUGACAAGAUAAAGCCAGACUACUCAGUGCCAAGAUGGUCAUCAGGAUUCUGCCUCAACCUGUUCAAAAUGACUUUUGGCGCAAGAUUGUGCAAGUAAUAAACUCUAUAUUACUGGCUGUGCAAGUCAAAAUAGGGUCCGGCACAUUCAGAAGAGCCGGCUUAACUAUUUGUGGACUCUGUGAAUAGUUAAUCUUUCCUCAUCAACUAAUUUUCACCAACUCUUGCUCUUGAACAUUGAUGUGUUGCAUUCAUUGAACUCUAAUGAGCAGAUGUGAUGCUCGAGAUUUGAUAAAUAUCAAUCAUAUUUAUCCUCUUUUUUUUGCCUUUUGUAUCCUACUGGUUUUGGCUAUGUAGGUGCAUGGAUGCAGGAACCAGGCCUGGUUCUUGGAGGAGACUGAAAGGACAGAACAGAAUGCCAUAUGACAUAGUAUUUAUGGAAAAAUAUGAAUCUAGAUGGGGUAUAACCAACCAACACAGCCAAGCUGUUUUUUUUUUGUCUUCAACCUUCAAGUUUAAUGUUUCUCUUAAACAGAAACUUCUUAAAAUGUUAUGGGUAAUGUUACAUACUUUUCUAAUGAACUUCUCUUCAAAUUCAAGAGAAGAAACCCCUAUGUCUCAAAGGAGGCAUGUAUAAGCUGUUCUACAUAGGAGCAGAGACUUGCUUAUUUAAUUUAUUUUUCUUUUUUGUAUCUUAUGUAAAUGUUUGAAUGGUAUAUAAUUGGGAUGGGUUUAUAUAUCAAGAGUUCUUUUGUUCUAAAAAAAAAUAAAAUGCAUAUAUGAAAUCA